GGGGCCCGGCGCCCGUCGCCCCGCCUGGGGGCCCGAUGCCCGUCGCCCCUCCUGGGGGCCCGAUGCCCAUCGCCCCUCCUGGGGGCCCGAUGCCUGUCGCCCCGCCUGGGGGCCCGAUGCCUGUCGCCCCGCCUGGGGGCCCGAUGCCUGUCGCCCCUCCUGGGGGCCCGAUGCCUGUCGCCCCUCCUGGGGUCCCAGCGCCCGCCGCUCCGCUUGGGGGCCCGAUGCCUAGCUCCCCGCCUGGGGGCCCGUGCCUGCUGCUUCACCUGCUAAUCCGAUGUGCCUCUGCCCGGAGUCCAGCCCGAUGUGCCUCUGCCCGGAGUCCAGCCCGAUGUGCCUCUGCCCGGAGUCCAGCCCGGUGUGCCUCUGUCCGGAGUCCAGCCCGGUGUGCCUCUGCCCGGUGUGCCUCUGCCCGGAGUCCUGCCCGGAGUCCUGCCCGUUACCAGACCCGGGCGGUGGAACAUUUUGCCCAGCUA